GACAAAGUGACUAUUUGUGAGUUAGCUAUAGUGACUUGGUCUUUAAUGACUUAGUCAUGUUUAAUGGAUGUGUAAGUCAUGUUACAGGAAAUGAGAUGACAUCGGUGAUGGGGGCAGAGGGCCCCGGGGUGACACAGAUGGAGAAUGGCGGGAUGGAUAACGUUGCCGAGAUUGAGCAGGAGUUGGAAGGAGUCACACAGAUGCAUGUGGCUGCUGUUAAUGGAGAUAAAGCCUUACUUGCCAAACAAAUAGUCUCAAGUACUCAGGAAUUAGAUACAGGUGAUCAGUUUGGGCGGACUCCUCUCAUGUUCUGUGUGUUGGCUGAUAGACUGGAUUGUGCUGAGCUGUUAUUGCGAGCAGGGACCCAGGUUAAUAGAUCUGACAAAGGAGGUAGAACAGCACUACAUUGGGCAGCUCAUAAAGGCAAUAAUCGAUUGCUGAAGUUAUUAUUGUCCAAGGGGGCUGACAUCAAACAGAAAGAUAAUGAAGGUCAAACAGUUCUCCAUCUGUGUACACGACAUAAAUCUACAAAAUGCAUGAAUUUGUUACUACGGCAACUGUCCCCAGGGGAAAUUGAUGAUCAGGACAAGAAAAAAAGGACAGCUUUACACUGGGCAGCUUCUUAUGGCAAUGUUGAACAUGCAAAACUUUUAAUUAAGCAGGAUUCAAACAUAGGUAUACCUGAUAUCGAAGGUAAAACUCCUUUACAUUGGGCAGCUAGCUGUAUGGAUCCAGAAGCUCCUAGUUGUGUCAGACUUAUAUUGGAAACGACACCAACUGUUAUAAACUGGCCAGAUUAUGAAGGGAGAACGGCCUUACAUUUAGCAGUGGCUGAUGGAAAUGAAUCUAUUGUAAAAGUGCUAAUUUCUGUUGUAAACAGUAAUAUAUCAGCUUUAGAUAAUAUGUUUAGAACACCUCUACAUUGGGCUACAGUCUUAGGUCACUCAGGAAUUGUUUCCCUGCUAUUAGACAAUGGUGGAGAUUAUGCUUCUGCAGAUGCAAAUGGUGCCACACCCCUUCAUUAUGCUGCUCAAAAUAAUCAUUCUGAUACAGUAGCUGUGUUCCUGACAUACAAGAUAGUAGUAGAUGAACCAGAUGUGGAAGGGAGGUCAGCGUUUAUGUGGGCGGGAGGGAAAGGUGCUGAUGAUGUGGUCACAGUUUUCUUACGGUCUGAUGUAGAUAUUCAACAAGUUGAUAAAAAUGGUGGCACAGAAAAUAAGGCAGCUUUGGGAGGCCAUGCAUACAUUUGUCAAACUUUAAUUAAAUAUGGUGUGGAUCCAAACUUCAGAGAUCAUAAUGGACGAACACCUCUACAAUGUGCAGCUUAUGGUGGCUAUGUUAAUUGUAUGUCUGUCCUUAUGGAACAUAAAGCUGAUCCUAAUGAUCAAGACAAUGAGGGAAUGACAGCUCUACACUGGGCCUGUAGUAAAGGCCAUCUUGAUUCUGUUAAGCUUCUGAUGGAGUAUAGAGCAUUUCCUAACCACAUGGAGUUUACUGAAGAUAGGUACACUCCAUUGGAUUAUGCUUUGAUGGGGGAGCACCAUGAUGUGGCACAGUAUAUGAUUGAACAGGGGGCACUGUCGAUUACGGGUAUUCAAGAUAUUGCAGCUCUGAAAAUACAGUCCACAUUCAGAGGAUUUCGUGUCAGAAAAACUUUCACUGAAAGAAAACGACUGCUGAUGAAGCAUGAACAGCUGAAGAAAGAAGCUGCAAGGUGA